AUGGCGGAUCAACUCACAGACGAACAGAUCUCCGAAUUCAAGGAAGCCUUUAGCCUCUUCGAUAAAGAUGGCGAUGGUUGCAUCACAACCAAAGAGCUGGGAACAGUUAUGCGUUCUCUAGGGCAGAARCCAACUGAGGCKGAGCUKCAAGACAUGAUCAYUGAGGUUGAUGCAGAUGGWAARGGCACGAUCGACUUUCCRGAGUURRUGAACCUGAUGGCUAAGAAGAUGAAGGACACUGACUCAGAGGAAGAACUCAAAGAAGCUUUCAGGGUUUUCGACAAAGACCAGAACGGUUUCAUCUCCGCUGCUGAGCUUCGCCAUGUGAUGACUAAUCUUGGGGAGAAACUAACUGAUGAGGAAGUUGAAGAGAUGAUCCGUGAAGCUGAUGUUGAUGGAGAUGGUCAGAUAAACUAUGAUGAGUUUGUCAAGAUUAUGAUGGCUAAGUGA